AUGUGGACAUGUUUUGUUCUAAAGGUGCUGACAAUCUGGGAGGGGACGACCAACAUCUUGUCCCUAGACGUACUGAGAGCCAUCACAAAAUCACGGGGGGAGGUGCUGGUCGCAUUCCAUGAUGAUGUCAUCUCCAAGGUUACCAAGGUCAGCAGGGUCCAGGACUUAAAGGAUCAAGGUCACAGAGUUAAGGAGGCCACCCUACAGGUCAUGAACUUUGUACAGAAGAACCCAGACAAAUUAAACAUGGCUGCCAGGGACCUAGCAUACAGUCUUUCUAGGAUAUACAUGGGUGCUCUUCUCCUUGACCAUGCAGUAGAGUGUGGUUUGAUACAGACAGACACACAGACGGCCCGGCGGUGGUGUGAGAAAGACUUGUACCUGGUGGUGACCAAUCACAACCUCGGCCAUUAUAACAGUAGUGAGGAUGAUCUCUCUCUGGUGUAUCAACAUUAUAAGGCAUAAUGGCGGACACUUAGCCAAUUAAUUUGUGAUGUGAAAAAAUAAAACUAAAACUUUAAAAUGUACUCAAGAAAUCCUUACCAACGACAUGGACAAUGUUUAUAUUCUCAUUUCUUUACUGAAAACAGUGAGUUGUGAAAACAGUUAUUAGGGCCCCGCAAGGAUUUGCGGGUGCCCUAUAGUAAUCACUCUGUCCGUCCGUCUGUCUGUCUGUCCGUCUGUCACUCUUCCGUCCACAAAUUUUCUGUUUUUUUUA